CACAGUAUACACAUAACUACCGUUGUAGACACACUUGUAAGUGUCGCUUAGUCAAAGCUCAAAGUUCAAAUUAAUUUUUAAGGUACGGUGGUGCUCGUAAAAUAUUACUUUAUUUAGGGCGUUAUUUACGCCCGGACGGGUUGGUACCAACCAACCUUUCUAUUCCUGCCGCAUCAUUCAGGUUUGAAGGGCGGGAGGGUCUUUAUAUAAUUUAUUUAGACUGCCCGACGUGUAUGCGUUCAACCCACUUAGCACCGCUUGGGCAGUAAGCUCGUUUUAUCGAUCUCGUGCAUAAAACAGUUCUAUUUUUCGUUCGUUUAAUGAAAAAGUGUAUCAGACUCAUGAUCAUUGGAGGAGGAAGGCUGUAGUGUUAACAAAAGAGGAGAGCUUUAGAACUAAAGCUGGCUCUACGAACAAUGGGCCUCCCUAAAUUGGAGACAUGCUGUUUUAUUUUCGAUUUGAAGACCGGAAACAUUAUAAUGGGAUGUAUUGGUGCGGUAUUUUCUUUCGCACUCCUGGUGACUAUGAUCGUCGAAGCAACAAUGGUUGGCGUAGAAGACAACAAUAUCAUUGGUCCAUACAUAGAUGUGGAGCGCGAGGCUCGAUUGACCGGCCUCUACGUGAUGGCCAUCAUCCUGACCCUCAUGUUUUUGGCCAAGUUCAUCUUUGAUCUGGUCUUCGUGUACGGCGUCGUUAUGGAACGAGCCGGAAUCGUUAAAGCUUACUUCAUCAUGUGGGCUGUGUUCUUCUUUCUGUCGGUCUCCGUGUUCUUUCUCAACUGCCUUGAUUUCAAUACUUCGACAAUUGUCUUGGAAGUUUUUUAUAUUGGUUUAAAUAUAUACGCUAUUCUGCUGAGCCACAGUUUCUACAAGCAACUUAACACCCGCGAAGACGUCUAAAUAAAAUUAGCUACGUAUUAAUUAACUGCAUUAGAUUUGUGUACCA